CGGUGCGCGCACCUGCUCCUAAAGCACACGGGCAGCCGCAACCCCGUGUCGCGGCGCACGAACCAGCGCAUCACCAUGACCAAGGCCGAGGCGCUCGACGAGCUCGAGGGCUGGAUGGCCAAGAUCUCCAAUGCCCCGGACCCGGCCGCGGCCUUCCGCGACGCGUGCAAGAAGCGGUCCGACUGCGGGUCCUGCCGCGAGUCCGGGGACCUCGGCGACUUCCAGCGGGGCCAGAUGCAGAAGCCCUUCGAGGACGCGACGUUCGCGCUCGCCGUCGGCGAGAUGUCCGGCGUCGUCGACACGGACAGCGGCGUCCACGCGAUCCUGCGGCUG